UAGAUAAGGCCGGCUAUAAAAGCCCUGAGCUUUGCUCUUGGUCCCCCAGUGAGCAGGAGCUAGGGGUACAAGCGGAGCAAGGCUGCAGCAGUACCAAGUCCUUGACAGACUCCUUUCUCUGUGAGUGUAUCCAGAUCCGCAUCUUUGCUGAAGCCGAAGAAAGAGGAGACACUCACAAAAACUUAGCGGAAACUUGUCAGAGAAUGCUCCAAAAGUCAGUUAUUCUCCUGCUGCUGGUGAUCAGUGCUUCUGCAUCUUAUGAAGCCGAACAGAAUGACUCUGUGAGCCCCAGGAAAACCAGGGUUGCAGCACAGAAUUCAGCUGAAGUGGUUCGCUGUUUAAAUAGUGCCCUCCAGGUGGGUUGCGGUGCGUUUGCCUGCCUGGAGAACUCUACGUGUGACACGGAUGGAAUGUACGACAUCUGCAAGUCCUUCCUCUACAGCGCUGCUAAAUUUGACACUCAGGGAAAAGCCUUUGUGAAAGAGAGCCUGAAAUGCAUUGCAAACGGAGUUACGUCCAAGGUUUUCCUUGCCAUUCGGAGGUGUUCCACUUUCCAAAGAAUGAUCUCGGAGGUGCAGGAGGAAUGUUACAGCAAACUGGACAUGUGUAGCAUUGCAAAGCGUAAUCCUGAAGCAAUCACUGAAGUUGUCCAAUUUCCAAAUCACUUCUCAAACAGGUAUUACAACAAGCUCGUGAGAAGUUUAUUGGAAUGUGAUGAAGAGACUGUCAGCACCAUCAAAGACAGUUUGAUGGAGAAGAUAGGACCCAACAUGGCCAGCCUCUUCCAUCUGCUGCAAACAGAUCACUGCUCUCAAACGCACCCCAGAGCAGACUUCAACAGGCGACGUAUCAUUGAGCCUCAAAAGCUAAAAAUCUAUUUCAGGAACCUCCGAGGUGAGGGGUCUAUUCCAUCCCAUGUGAAACGUACCUCUUCAGAAAGUGCAUAAUUCCUUAGGGGAGAGAGAAUGGGUGUGUAGGGGAUCUAAGCACUACCAAUAUAGAAGCCUCUUUUUCUAGAAGAGUUAAUACACCCAUCCAAAUGUACUGUAGGCUGAUUUUAACAACAAUUAGAAACUGGUUUUAGAUUUAGUCGUUCAUAUUUUCUAUCCCUCUCAAACAAAUUUGCAUGGAACUAGGCUUCUGUGUUCAAUGUCCCAGCUUUCUGCCUUUGAAAUUUCUCUCUCUCUCUUCUCUUCCCCACCAAAAAAAAGGAAAAUCAUAAACCUAGGCUUUUACAACAGUCAGUUCUUCAGCAGAUACCAAAUUAUCAAUGAACUGUAGCUCAAACACCCUUGCAGUUUGAAGCCAACUCAAAUAGUUUUAACCUUAUGAGGCUGGUAGGUGGUGAUAGCUUUUAAUGAUCUAUCCUAAAGAUAUCAAUGGAAUUUGUGUUAUGAAUCUGUGCUGGCCAUGGACGAAUAUGAAUGUCAUGUUUGGAUUCUUGGUCUCGGUGACAUACAGUCUUAAUCCUCUGUCAUAAAACUCCCUUGCCCAGUUAAUCUACCACAAUCAGGUCUAGCACUCACAAAACAUGGAGGACUGUUUGUUUAGUAUUGCCCUGCAUCUCAGUGCAAGAACUACUAGCAAAUCAGACUAGUUGCACUGUGAAAAUGACAGCAUGAGGUGCAAGACCAUGUGGUCAAAGCGAUUUUAAGUUGGUCAGUCUUUGCAGUGGUUUAAAAACCCCAGCAUCUUUAUGUACUGUAUCUAACUGUUAAAAGCUUUAAAAGAAUCCUUAACAAAACUGUCUUAAAACUAGAGUAUUAAAGGUCUUGCUCUAACUGUGGUAUACAUAGUUUAAAAAUCUGUCAUGUACUGUACAUAAAUUCCAGAAGAGUCUGCUUGAAAGAAGCAGAAUAUAAUAAUUUUAUUGCAUAUAUUAGUUUUGUACCUUAGCUUUAUUUUUUCCCCUGGAAACAGUAUCUCUAUCAUGUUCAAAAGUACACAUUCCUCAGUGUGGCCUUUUUAUAAUGAAAGAGAGAGAAAUUGUUUCAUCAUGUAUUAGAAUUGGAUCUGGCAAAAAACUGAUGCGUAGUUAUUCAUACUCGCUGAUCCGCUGGAUUCUGACUGCCCAAGCUACCUUCAGGGGUUACCAUGGUACUUAACUUGCAUCCCAGGCAGAAGUACUACUAAAAAGCUAAUCUGGGAAUUGUCAAAAUGGCUGACAGAACAACUCUUAAAUAUCACGGCUGCAGCCUUUGGAAGGGUUACUUCUGAGGCACGACAUGGAAAAUAGAGCCCUGUUUGGUAUGCCUAAAGGUAGCCGGCAAUCCAAAAAAUGAAACUCCUCAAAUCCCAACACAUGCAUCACUGUGCCUGUUGCAAGCCACUUGAAACGCACGGCCUACAAGCCUGCGUUUCCUACUAUGCUCUUCUGUAAAAGAGGCUUUGAACUGAGGCUUACAAGUUGAUUUUUUUUUUUCUUUCCCCACUCAUUGCUGAAGGCUAGAGCAGCUUUUCUGAACAGUAGUCUGUCUUGGGUUCUGUACGCCAAAAAAAGCAACCUUGUGUUGUGUCAUGUGAGCAGCAGGGCUGAUUCCACACGCACAUUCCAAAAUCUCCCCAGUUAGAAACUACUUCUGGUGGGUGGCUGACUCUGGUUCGGCUAGUUAAGAAGCUAAUCAAGUUCUGUAAAAAGCUAACGGGAGGGACAUCUCUUUUUGCAAAAUAUAAAGCAAUAGAACUUUUUAACCACAAAGCCUUUAAACAAUGACUUGCUGCUAAUAUAUUAAAACCAGAUGCAGUGGCAGCAUUUCCAGAAUUGCUGUCUUCAUUAAAUGUAGCCCAAAAGUGCUGUCGUAAAAUUGUAAGCAGCAAAAAACGUUGCUGACAGCAAUUUUUCUUUACAUAUAUAUAAUAUAUAUAUACACAUACACACUCUGAAUUAUGCAGUCCCGUUCAAGCUAGGUGCAACAUUGUAAUUCAGUCUUAACACUAUCAGGUAUACUGGAAUCCAAUCCUGCAAGGUGCUGCAUGCUUUCCAGUGGGAAUUACGGGUGCUCAAGUAGCAAUGGCUUGAUUUUACCAGGUGCAGGUGCUCAGCACUUUGUGAGAGGUACUUUGAGAUGCACCAUUAGGAAAAAGACAUGAACAGGAA